AUGUUUUCAAUACUUUUGUCGGCUGUGGUCUUGACAGUGCCCGCCUUGGCACAGCAGUAUCCCGACUGUGCCAACGGUCCGCUCGCAGGUAAUGCUAUCUGCGACACUUCCAAGUCGGUCUCGGAAAGAGUCCAAGGCUUGGUAUCAGUCCUGACGCCGGCGGAAAAGUUCAACCUUACAGGCUCGACUAGUCCAGGCGUUCCACGAUUAGGACUAUACCCCUACACGUGGUGGAACGAGGCUCUUCAUGGCGUCGCCGAAAGUCCAGGAGUCAACUUCAGCACCGAAGGAGACUUCUCUCUUGCGACCUCGUUCCCUCUACCAAUCACGUUGGCCGCUGCCUUUGACAACGACCUCAUCUUCAAUGUUGCAUCAACGAUCUCGACCGAGGCUCGCGCGUUCAACAACUUCAAUCGCUCUGGACUGGACUUCUGGACACCCAAUAUCAACCCUGAUACCUUCCACAUCAAGUCCUACGUCGCGGCUCUGAUUGCCGGCCUACAGGGCAGCGAGGAAUUCCUGAAGAUCGUAGCCACCUGCAAGCACUUCGUGGCAUAUGAUAUGGAAGACUGGCACGGCAACGAACGAUACGGGUUCGACGCUCAAGUGACGCCCCAAGACCUCUCAGAGUAUUUUAUGCAGCCUUUCCAGCAGUGUGCACGGGACAGCAAAGUCAGCUCAGUUAUGUGUAGUUACAACGCGCUCAAUGGCGUUCCGACAUGCGCGGACAGCUAUAUCCUGCAAGAUAUCCUUCGAGAGCACUGGGGCUGGGAGGCAGACGGGCAUUACGUUACCUCUGACUGCGACUCGAUUCAGAACAUCUUCUCGCCCCACGACUAUACCGACACCAGAGAGCAAGCAGUUGCCGAUGCUCUACUUGCUGGAACGGACCUUGACUGCGGCACUUACUACCAAUCCCACCUGCCCGGGGCUUAUGCACAAGGACUCUUUGAGAAUUCGACCAUCGAUCAAGCCAUUACUCGCUUGUACUCUGCUCAGGUCCGAUUGGGAUACUUCGACUCAGCUGACAGCAAUCCAUACCGUGCGCUCACCUUCGACGAUGUCAACACACCCCAAGCACAGGCUCUGGCGCUACGAGCUGCCGAGGAAGGAAUGACCCUCCUCAAGAAUGACGGCACCCUGCCUUUGGAUCUCAGCUCAUCGGACGGUAGCAACAUCACUGUUGCAAUCAUGGGCUCGUGGGCCAACGCUACAGAUGAACUCUUGGGCAACUACGCUGGUAUCCCUCCAUACACGCAUAGUCCACUCUAUGCCCUUCAACAGCUGCCUAACGUUAACGCCAUUUAUGCAAGUUUCAAUAACUACCCAACAACCGACGACUUCCCCGCCGGUUUCGCUGCUGCGCAGGUCGCAGACAUCAUCAUCUAUGCCAGCGGCAUCAAUACUGACGGAGAGUCUGAGUCGAAUGACCGCGAAAGCAUUUCCUGGAACGGCGGUGUGGUCGACGUGCUCGGACAAAUCUCAUCUCUCGGCAAACCCACGAUCCUGGCUCAAUUCGGUACGUCGCUCGACAACUCAGCCUGGCUUGCGAACGAGAAUAUCUCUGCCAUCAUUUGGGGCGGCUAUCCCGGCCAAGAUGGCGGGACUGCAUUGAUUAAUGUCAUUACCGGCAAGACUGCACCAGCGGGGCGCUUGCCGGUGACAGUCUACCCAGGUCAUUAUGUGAAUGAUGUGGAGAUGACCGACAUGGGACUGCGUCCCAAUGAGUCUACUGGUAAUCCAGGCCGCACGUAUCGUUGGUAUCCUACCCCUGUCUUCCCAUUCGGCUACGGUCUCCACUACACCAACUUCACUGCCUCGAUCGGCCAACCUGAGCUCGCUUCUUCAUCCAACUCUAGCACAACGUCGUCAGAGUCUCCUACUUACGACAUCUCUGCCCUUAUGGCGAGCUGCAACGAUUCUUCACCACUCGAUCUAUGCCCCUUCGCCACUAUACCCGUUACAGUAUCCAACACAGGCUCCGUCUCGUCCGACUACGUGACCCUGGGGUUCCUGACCGGAUCGUACGGGCCGCAGCCAUAUCCCAUUAAGACUCUUGUCGCGUACGAACGGCUCUUCAACGUCUCCGGUGGAGCCUCACAGACCGCACAACUGAACCUCACGCUCGGAAGCCUGAGCCGGUUCGACGAGUCGGGCAACCAGAUGUUGUAUCCUGGCGACUAUGCGCUGAUGAUAGACACCGUUGGAGAGGUACCCUUGGCGAUGUGGAAUUUCACAGUUACGGGAUCGGAAGGGACGUUGGACGAAUGGCCGCAGCAGCCCGCUGACCAUGGCGCCAAAUAUCGUAAGGCAGAGGUCGAGGAUGUGCGGGAGCUGCGAUGA